ACUUAAUUUCAGUUUCCUUUUUGCGUGGCAUCUUAGUAUUACUUAAAGAAAUGGAUCUUUUCGAAGAUUUACCUUGUAAACUUGAUGAUAUCUUUGGUGACAGUGAAGUAUUGGAUCUUUGUAGCAACAUCACGUAUACUCCGUCACACAGUUCUGACAGCGGUGUUGUUGAUGUUAUUUCAGUAGGUUGCAACGAAUUUCUCCCAAAUUUUGAUGACUUUAAGAGUGAUUCUCCUUUGUGUUUUGCGGCACAGGUAAAUAGCUUAUUUAAGCGUAGUAGCAUAAGCAGCGGAAGUUCAAUUACAUCCACUGAGCUUGAUCAUUCUUACAGUAAAACACACACCAUUUCUGAUUUAUAUAAUCAAGAAAAGGAAAAAGCAAUUGAAGUUGGUCUAAAUAAUGAAAAGGUAUCGUUUAAAGCUAACUCAAUUAAUGUAUUGAACGUGCCACUUCAACUAAAACGAAACUCCAGUGAGGUUCUGGCAAUGAAUCAUGUUAAUGAAAGCAAAUUUAAAUAUGUCAAUGAAAAUGGAACACUUGUUACGGUGGACAAAUCACGGAAAAAUGCAGAAAUGGCCAAAUUAAAUCGUGAACGAAAGAAACGUUAUGUUUCUAAUUUGGAAGCAGAAAUAAAAUCUUUGCGUAACAGAAAUAAUAAACUCGCUGCAGAUAAAAGCAUCAGUGAGAACAAAAUUAAAGUGUUGGAAAAUGAAGUUAAAUAUCUACGAAGUGUUCUUCAUAACAGAACCAUCCUGUCAUCACUUGUCAGAUCAAUUUCAACCAUUCCAGAAAUUCAAUUAAAUAUCCAUAAUAAAGAAAAUUCUGAGGCUCAAGCAAAACAGCCAAAAUUUGUGGAGCAUUUACCAGGCAAGCGUAUGCCUUCAGUUGAAAUGUUUAAUGCAGAAUAUGAUGGUGGAGUAUGUUUGCAUGUAUCUAAAAAUAAAGUUGCCAUUGAAUUGUGUGCUGAGUGUAACCAGAGAUCCAAGUAAA